CCGCUCUAUUGAGAACCUAUGUUGUUGGUUUUCGUGUGGUGUCAAUUUAGCAUUUUGGUUGAAGUUCCUAAUAUGCAACUGCUGCGUAGAUAAUUUGAUCGGUUCGCAUUAUCUACACUUUAUUCUCCCAACUAUUUUAACAUAUUUCGAUUUGAUACAAGAUGGAUGGAUUGACAUCUCUCGCGAAAUUUACAGAUUAAUUUUAUCUUGGAUGAAUUCCAUGGUCAGUGGGGAAAUACUUUAAUCUGCCCGUCGAAUAUCUACAAUGCCCUUGGAAUCUUUCUUUGUGUCAGCGAAAACAAUACAAAAUCUGAAAUGAUAAAGGCGAUGCAGUUAUCUGACCUUUGGAAUGCCAUGAGGUUGAUUGUAGGAUCGGUCAACUUCUAAAUAAAUGUUCGAGACGCAAUGAUGGUGUUGAGAUAGUGCUCGGUAAUAAAGUUUCCGCUGCAGAGAAUUUGAGAAUCAAGGAGCAGUUCUGGAUUAAUUUGAAGACAUACUACGAUACCGAAUGAGAACAUGUGGAUGAGAAUGGUGCAGUGGCAGCUGCAUCAACAGCAACUUCGAUCGUCUAAUGCAUAGCUGUAUGGUCGUGCAAACCUGUAGGAGAAUUUCAUAUUGUUCAUUGAUUCUUCACAUCCUUUGUUUGCAAUGAUACUCUACCAAUAUUUCUUAGACAUGGGAUAUUAACAUUGAGUUCGUGAUAAGUGAGGCUGUGACUAGAGCCUACAGAAAAGUGUUUUUUCUCCAGAAAGGAAGUAUCUUACAAUUUUUGAAGAUUCAGCAAAUUGCAUGUGUAUUUAUUGAAUUAUUCCCAUGUGCCUAACUAAUCAAAUUUUUAAUAGAAGAAUUUGUUUUGAUAUCUUGUUAAACCAUUUUUACUUCUGUGAUCAUGUAAUGAUUUUGUUAACUUUAUGUUCACAUGACCACUGAUGAAUAAUUCAUGGAAGUUUGUUCUAUUGUCAA